CAGCGGAGAGGAGGAACAGCGAGCGGCAGGCAGCGCGGCAGGGCAUGGCAUGCAGCCGCCUCCGCUGCCUGCCCUGCCGCAGGCUAGACUCUGCGCUGCAAUAGUGGGAGAGGGGGCGCAGGAAGAAAAGGUGACAGACAAACAGGGGCGCAACCAUGGCCACCACCCCACGACCCACACAGGGCGAUUCCCACCCGCGGGAACGCAACAAGCGCAAGCGUCCGAGGCCCAUUUCCUUGGACUCUCCCACGCCCUUAUUCUCCUCACUCUCACCUGCACGCCUCCCGCUUCCUUUCUCGGGCGACGUGACAUUCCCUUCACCUCCCAGAUUCUCUCUCACACACAGCGGUGGCGUUUUUUCAAUCAGCCCAUAACAUAGUACUGUGGCCGAUAGCACCACGGCAUCACAUAAUGGAAGAAAGAAGAAUUAGCCCAGCAGCUUGCAAGACGACCACAAGGCGACGACCGGCGCCGUGACAAAGCUUUGCGGCUUAUAAAUACGCACAUGCCCACAACCACCCCCCUCAAACAACAAACCCCACACGCACCCAACGAAGUAGACAGAGACACACACAGAUACACAAACGGGAACUCAGAGGAGCUGCUGCUGCUGCUGCUGUUCCUGAGCUCGGCUCGUCUCAGCCAUCAUGGGGGUGCAGAGCAGCGACGGCCAGGUGAUGUUCUCCUCCUCCAUCGCGCUGCUGCAGCAGCGGUUCAGGAAGCUGGAGAGGAUCAGGGAGAAGCGGGAGGAGAGGCUUCUCCACGUGCUCGCUCCCCGCCCCAUCGCUGUCCCGAGGGAGACGCCCGUCAAGUGGUUCUUCCACCCGGAGCUGCUCUACCCGUGCAGGCCGCUGCGCGACACCGCUGCCGCCGCCUUAUUCCCAGCCGUGCCGACCACUGCCAGUGAGUGCAAAACCUUCCAGCUCCGCGGCGACCCCAUCACGGUGGAGCUGUGGCCUAGUAAAAUCUACAACUACAAGCAUGUCUCUGGUGAAGUAGACGUCGACACCUCGCUGCACCUCUAGACUGCUGCUGCUGCUGCUGCUACUGGAAAAAUGUUGCAAUGCCCUAAGCUGCUGUUAACCUUGCCAGUCUCAUCGCUCGUAGGAGUUGCUCUCGCUGUUUUUGUGCUAGCCUACUACUAUGUUUUUCUCAUCUUCUGUUGUAACAAGGGGUAUUAGGAGGGGUGAUGGUGAGCUGUAAUUAUUACCCGUAGUAUGAUGGUCUUGGAGUUGUUUUCU